ACUGUUCCAAUUCGAAGCACGCAUCAAGCGAGUACUGUCGUAAAACCCGGAAGUGUUCUGGAUGCGUGCUCGAUAUCGCCGUUUCACCGAGCAUGCAUCGGAGGUGGCUCGUGUGUGCUUGCUCCCGCUAUAAAUCCCAGGAUGCAUUUCGCACUCGCAGCAGUACGAGGGCGGACAAUAUGGAGAAGACGCACAAGUUACAACUGUAGCUUAAGUUACUCUUAACUUAUAUAUAUAUUUAUAUAAUAUAUAGGCCUAAUAUAAUAAUAAUAAUAUAUAAAUAUAUAUAUGUAAGGUCGUGUGUGUGUAUAGCUUAUAAACAUGACAGGACACUCAUAUCUUUUCAAUUGUUAUUCAUUCAGAAUAUUUACAUACUAUUUGAAAAUGAAAGAGGCUGGGAUUUUGUUUUAUAUCAUUUGUUUAUAUUGUUCAGUAGUAUAUGCCUAAAUGAGGCCGUAGCAGUUAACGGACGAGCAGAGGUGGUGACGUCAUCGAGUCCGCUGCUGUUCCAAUUGCAGAGGCGAGCUGAGCCGGUUUACCGCGGCCGAUCAUUAUGGGGGCCGUCUGAGCUGUCACUGGAGCGGCGAUCUGGACCACUAUCAACUCCUAACGGGGGAUUAAAGCCAGCACGGAGAUCUGCGUACUGCCGCAAACAAACACCCUCGCCUCUUCAUCACAUACAUGUGGACUAUGGCGCUAUUUUAAUCCAUAGAGGACGGGAAACUACGAUAAAGGACAGGGUUACCCGAGCCCUUCUGGACAAGACUGACCAAAGGGACCGAACCACAAUGAUACAACCCGCCAGGAAGGGACGUGCUGUCAGCUGCGCACUCGGGCAGUUCUGACCUCGCUGGUCCACGAGUCGCCGGUCCACUGGGUUGCUAGUCCACCUGGUUGCCGGUCAACCGGGUCACUAAUCCAGCGGGUCACUAGUCCAUCUGGUCGCUGGUCCACCUGGGGUCCACCGGGUCGCUGGUCCGCUGGGUCACUGGUCGCUUGUACACUGGGUCGCUGGUCCAGCGGGUUGGUGGUCCAACGGUUCGCUGGUCCAGCGGGUUGCUCGUCGCUUGUUCACCGGGUCGCUGGUCUACAGGGUCACUAGUCCACCGGGUCAUUGGUCUGUCGGCCAAUGGUCUACCGGAUUGUUGGUCCACGGGUUCGCUGGUCUACAAGGUCACUGGUCCACCGGGUCACUGGUCCACCAGGUCGCUGGUCGAAAGGAUCACUGGUCCACCGGGUUGCUGGUCUACCGGUCACUGGUCCACUGGGUCGCUGGUCUACCGGUCGCUGGUCUACCGGUCGCUGGUCGACCUGGUCUUCUUAUGCUGGCGAAACCAACCAAUUCUACAAUUCUCAUUACAGUUAGCUACAACUCAUAGGGGCUGCUAGUGGAAAACCUGCCUGGUGCAAGUUUAACAGAGAAGGGCAUAUAGUAGACAAACGCUACAAUGGACUAUGACGAAGGUGACAAGGACUGCUGUGUCCGCUGCCCGGACCCCAUGGACGGGGACCCGGAGGGGCCCACGGCCCACUGCCACCAGGCGCCCAACCGGAUACGCCCCUCGUCCUACCGGGCCCUGCGCAGCGCCAUCUCCAGUUUGGCCCGGAUCGACGACUUCUUCUGCGAGAAGAUCGGGUCGGGCUUCUUCUCCGAGGUCUUUAAGCAAAAGAUGGAAUGCCCAGAGCACAUCGGGGACUCACACAUGGCCUUCCUCAUGGAGCUGUUGAGGAGGAGACACAAGCAGCAACACUGCAACUGAAAUUGGGAUUCAGCAUGGGCCAUUUCUGAACUGGCAAACUGGACGGAAACGCUUCAUUCACUAAUGUGUAGGGUUCACACUACCUAACGCAUCCUUAUGUGGCAAUGUUUUGCACACACCACAGAAGAUCAUUUAAAAUGUAUUUGCAACAUUUGGCCAUUGUUUACAACAUUAUUUUCACACGUAGAUCAGAACACCAUUGAUCUUAGUCAGUGUCUCUCAAAGGAUGGUUUGCAACAGAUUUUAAUUGUUUCAUCUGCAUUAGAUCUUUGGUCCUCACGAUGGUGUUCCCGUUUCCACCAAUAGGCAUUCGGGAUUCCCGUUCAUCCCAAACCCAGCUGGCUUCGAGAGGAGCUGUUCUGGCUGUAACCAUCUUUUUCAAAUGUCUUUGAUUCAAUAUUAUAGGCUUGGCUAGUAAACAAAGUUCAAAUUUACACGAAAAAG